AUGUGCAACUUCAACAUAGCGGAGCUCAAGAACAACCGAUUGAUGCAAAUGAAUGCUCUUAAGGAACUUAGAAACGAUGCUUACACUAGUUCUUUAAUCUAUAAAGAGAAAACCAAAAGUUGGCAUGAGAAGAGGAUCAAGGGUAAUAAAGAGUUUCAUGAAGGGAAAAAGGUGUUACUUUUUAAUUCAAGACUGAAACUUUUUCCGGGCAAACUCAAGUCAAGAUGGGAUGGUCCUUUUUUAGUGAAGAAGGUGUUUCCACAUGGUGCUAUAGAGUUAUUAUCAAAAGAUGGUACCCCAUUCAAGGUCAAUGGACAUAAAGAACCAUGUCCAGAAGAGGCCAAACUUCAUGAGGGGGAAGCCAAGGAGACAUCUCGUGGCUUUCUUUUCGCCAAAUAA